CUGACCCUUUGUCCAUCUUACUCGACGUCGUCUACUCCUCCCCUUCUCGUCAUCUCACGUCUGCGUAUCUCAUCAACGCCUCGCUCGUCAGCCGCCAGACGACGAUGGCCGACGAUGGCAGCGACGCGCCUUCUGGCGCAGUCGUGAGCGUACCCCUCGCCAUUGCAUUAGGGCUCCUGGCCAGCUUCGUCCAGUCCCUCGGUCUGACAAUACAGCGCAAAUCUCACCUCAUAGCUGCCCGACAACCACUGGAAUGUCGGCCUGCUGAAUGGCGCCAACCUCUGUGGCUAGUGGGCUUUGCCAUCUUCAUCGUCGCCAACAUCGGCGGGACCAUUUUCCAGAUCGGAGCAUUGCCCAUAGUCAUGCUUGCCCCUCUAGGAGCUGUGAGCUUGCUCUACAAUGCCCUGCUAGCGAAGUUCCUUCUGGAGGAUGCGCUAGGGUCUACAAUGGUAGGAGGCACAGCUCUUAUUCUUGUGGGAGCCGUUCUCAUCGGAUACUUUGGAGCCAUUCAAGAGCCGCCUCACAGCCUCGAUGAGCUGCUGUCCCUCUUUGGCCGGCCGCCCUUCAUCGCCCUGUCCACAAUCCUCUUCAUGGCCUUUGCCUGCAUUCUAGUCAUCGCCCAUUUAGCUGAAUGGCAGCUCCUAUUACAUCUCAAUGCCCCUCCUCCAUCACCGACAAUACGUUCCUCGAAGAAUCAUCGAGGCAAGAAGCACUACGCUAGGCUCACUCGGAGGUGGUCUGCACCUACUCUAGCGCCUCUGGACGAGGUCAGCGAGACGACCUCCGGUGUGGCCACCCCUGUGCUGGCCGUGAGAGAUCAAGAACGGCUACAGCAGACUCGAGAUGAGUCGUUGUUGCAGAGUCUCGCAAGCAAGAGACAGAGUGCAAACGGAGGUGCAUCGCGGCCAGGUAGUAAUUCGCGGAAAGACUAUGGAUCCAGGGACGAGCAUGAGCCUCGAAAAAGCCGACGCAGCUCUCCGAGAAGGAAGCCGAUAGUGGUGCCAGAGCUUGACAAGGAGUCAACAGAUGCAGUCAAAAAGACAAAAUUGCUCCUUGCUGUUGGCUUUGCGGCCGUCUCGGGGACGCUCUCGGGUCUAUGUCUCCUGCUGGCCAAGAGUGGAGUGGAGCUGCUGGUCUUGACGUUUGGACUGGGCAGGAAUCAGUUCAACAGGAUCGGAAGCUGGGCCCUAGUCGGUAUAAUGCUCUUGGCGGCUGUAGCGCAGCUCUGGUACCUCAACAAGUCUCUGCGAAUGGCAGACCCCACGCUGGUAUGCCCCUUGGCCUUUUGCUUCUACAACACCAGCUCGAUCGCCCUGGGUCUUGUCUACUUCAACCAGCUCUCCAGCAUCUCUGGCCUCUCACUUUGCCUCGUUGUAGUCGGCAUUGUCAUCCUCCUCACAGGCGUAAUCAUCGUGUCUAGCAAACCUCCCUCGGUGGCCGAAGCCGAAGCAGAGAUGGCAGAGGGCAGCGGCCUCGAUCGACUACUUUCGCCCGUCAACGAUCACAUCCUCUCUCCGACGUCGGCAGAUGCAACCGAGUCCGAGGCUCUCCUAGCCAAUGCGGGCGGAAUCGCCGGGCCUCAUCUUCCUCCUCCCAACCUCACGCUCACACUUCCACCCGCCAGCGAUAGUCAGGCCGGGAGAGGAGCGCUCACUGAUAGCCCUCCGUCUCUUGGCAGUCCGCUUGGCAGUCCUACAUCGCCGGAGAGGCCAAGGAGGAGGAGCAGUCUGAGCAAGCCACGGUCCGCUAGUGCCUCACACCACCAUGUGGUCGGGCUAGGUCUACAGCCUGCAUUUCAUUACGUUGAAGGAUCUGGCGAUCCUACGCCUCUUUCUCCUUCGAAGACGACCUUGAGCAGCGCGACACAGAGAGGUCUGCCUGGCAGUCCCCGUACACCUUCCACCGUCAUAAGUCCCACAGCAAGUAGCGCACGAGAUCGCAGGCGACGCUCCUCGGCGCACAUGUACAGCACUAUCCUCUCGCGAGGUCUGUCCAUCGGUCUCUCCCCCGCCUCUCCUGGUUUCCACAUUGGACCCUUCUCCCCCGCCGAUGAAGAAGAGGAGGAGGCCGAAGCUCGAGCCGAAGCCGAGGCUGAACGGAGGCGGAUCUUGGCGGGGGAUCUGGAAGGACAGGGAGGGAGGGGAGCGAGAGGUAGGGGUAAAGCUCUGGCGCAGAGGAUGGACAGGAGAACGUUGAGCGACGGCUUCCUCGAUGGGAUGAGGGAUAGUGUCCCGCCUGUUGCCCUUGAUGGCACGGGCAGCGGGAGUGCUCUAGACGUCUCUUCCCCCGAGCCACAACCGCUGGCCGAGGGAUCUUCCACCUUUCCCGUAGCUUCGAGCUCCUCACAGCAGACGCAGCAGCCUCAGUCACAGGACGCACGCACCCUCGCACCAACAGGAGAGCCAUCGGCGGCGCCCAGCUCUGCGUCUACUUCGGCCUUCCGCCUCUUUUUGCCAUCGGUGGCUCUCGAUUCGACAACACUGAGCGAGAGGCUGAGUCGACUCAAUCCCCUCGGGCCUACAACGAACUCCUCCUCCUCUGCAGCUGCACCUAGACCAGGAGCGGGAUCAAAUCCCAGUCUCCCUGGUGGCACCUUUGUCCGAGGUGGUGGUGGUAGAGGGGCCUAUUGGCCCUCUUUGACGGGGGGUGUGAGGCAAUGGUGGAGUCAAAAUGUCAAUGGGCGUGAAGAGUUCAGAGAAGGGGAGCGCAGGCGGUUGCUCGACGGUUGAAGGUGAUGUCAUAAUAAGUAGUGUAUGUAUGUAUUUGUAGACCUGCUACGUUAACAAAGUAAAGAAACGACAGUAAAGCAUGACUUCUUCCAUGUCUCUCCAUUGUUGCCUAGUCGAACGGUACGCGCUUGACUGCUCCCCCCACAGAUACCCCAUUUGCCCUUCGUGCCUUUUCCUUCUCCUCUUCUGCCGCUGCGAAUACCGAUGGGAUGGGAAUGCCACAGCAAUCGCCCCAUCCUGCUGCCUGUCCCUCUCCCACCAAUUCUCCCCCACCAGGAGCAGCAGGCCCAUGCGGGUGGGAGUGCCCACAAGCGUCAACUCCAGCAGCUCCACCCUCCUCUUCCUCCUCUUCCUCUCCAGGCUUGACAGGUGGGAAUUUCAGUAAUGACCCGAAGAAGAUGUGUUGCGCAAUGGGUAGCUUGGAGAGGACUUCUGCCUUGUACAUCUUGAGCAU